AUGGUCGACUAUUCUGCCAAGAUCCUGCUGCUGGUCUGUCUCUGGCGUGAGGAAGGCCUGAGAAGGCACUUUGAUGUUCUCGCUGCGGUUCAUUUGCUGGCCGGGGUCCGGAAAGCGUUCGCGUUUUUCUCGGGUUUGACCAUGGUUCCGCGGGCCGGCGCGGCAGUUCUGUCGCUUUUCGGCUUGGCCACGCCACUCUUUCAGGUGCUGCACGUCAUAGACUCGCUCUUUGCUUGGUGGUACAAGCAGGACCAGGGAAAGAGGCUUCCGCUUCGAGCCGUGCCGUUAGAUGCAAUUCUUGAGGGCCUGGCCUUCUUCCUCGCCUCGCUUCACCUUCGGCUGUGCUGCACCUUAGGCCAGAUUCGUGUUCUGAAUGCCCAAGCCCUGGAGGCACUUCUGGUAGCUGUGCUCUUCUCGUCACUGGGGAUGGUGGCCAUUGGACUCGUCUUGGUAGACAGCACCGUGUCUUUGAAGCUAUCUCGAGCUCUGUACGGAACCAGCGCUCCCAAAACCCGACGGCUGUGCCUCAGUGUCUUCAUGGCCCAUGUCGCCUAUCGCGGCUGUGAGGUAGUUGCAAAGUGUGCUGUGGUGGUGGCGCUGUCCUUCACGCUGCCGCUGCUUUACUUUGCCGGGUACCUGGCAGCGGUUUACCUUCUCAAUGCAGUUGUCCUGAUCGGAAGCUCUUGGCCCUCUGGCUCUUGCCCGCAGGUGCAUAUUGUCACAGCUGCGCUGGUGGUCGCAUGGCCGCUGCUCUUCUCCAACUUGCCGCAAUUCGUGGACUCCCCGAAGCACUUCGCCGCAGCACAGAAUGCCUCGAGCCUUCUCUGUGGCCUUCGUGCUUUGGAGUUGUCGGCCGCCGUGGGUUUGGCCACCGCCGCCUAUCUCAUAGAGGCGGAAACCUUGGAUGUGCGGCAUCACAAGCAUCGUCAUGAUGUAGACAGCUGGAUAGUGGAUCCGCGCACUGUGCACUUCGUGAGCACGCUGCAAGCACUAUACCAGAGGACUUGGUCCGCCCCAUGGGCGACCUGUAUACUCGUGCACUACCUUUGCAUGGUUAUCAGGUGGUGUAGCUGCUGGCUUCCAUCAGACCCCCAGCUUGUGGUGCCGUUACUUCAGCAGCGCCCAGUUGAGUUGCCAUCCUCUGGCGUGUCGAUUCGGCGUGGUGCUGCGAUGCCCGAUGUCGAGGUCAUGAGCGAGAAGGACUUCUGGCCCCCGGCAGUAGGCUUGUCGCAGCUCCUGCUUGGUGCGGCAGUGGAGCGUGCACCACUGGCUCUGCCCUUCUGUAGCUCGGUCCCAACGCCGGCCAGUUCCUCAAGUUCCGGGCCGUCGGCGCGGCCACCGCGAUUGGAGGACUUUGACACCAUUGCCCUCAUUGGAUACGGUGAGUUCGGCAAGGUCUUUCAGGUCAGGGAUCGGGCCACGCAACAGACUUUUGCCGUGAAGCGUCUGUCCAAAGAGUUCUAUGCCCGCAAGCAGAUGACAGACAAGGCAUUGAGGGAGAUUGCCACGCUGAAUUUGGCACAGGAGCAUCCCUUCGUGGUUCGCCUGAUCCAUGCUCUUGAGAACACAACCGAGUGGGCCAUGAUCAUGGAGUACUGCUCGGGGGGUGAUCUGCAGCAAGCACUGCUGACGGAGGGCUGUCCAGGCUUGCCGCUGCAGCGAAUCUUAAAGAUAGCUGCCGAGGUGACCUUGGCGCUGGAGCAUCUCCACAGCCGCGGCAUUGUGUUUCGAGACCUAAAGUUGGAGAACGUCGUCCUGGACAAAGACGGCACUGCCAAGCUGACAGACUUUGGCUUGGCUAAGCAGUAUCGCGGAGGUCGAGAUGCCAUUGCAGAGGCACAGUCUUAUGGCGGCGCCUAUGCUAAUUUCACAAAGACCUUCUGCGGUUCCUACGGCUAUGCCGCGCCAGAAGUCAAUCCAAAGAGACAGAUGCAUGGCUUUGCAGCCGAUCUCUAUGCCUUUGGCGUCCUCCUUGUUAUGAUGUUAACUGGCGGAGAGGUCUACCACGACGUCAGGGAAGCACCUUUUGAAAAGAGGCUUCCGCCUGAGUCACUGAAAGACCUCCGUGACAUUCUAGGACGUUUGAACUUUGAUUUUUACUGGGCCUCGCACCAUUUCCUCCAGCCCGCCAGGGCCGCUCACCGUGUCGAGAUCGACCUCCACGGUGACGUAGUGAUUACCUCACGAGGACCUCGUGCCGGGCGCCGCGGGCCGCGUCCCGCGCGGCCGCCGAACUCCUUCGACUGGGCCCGGCGAGGAGCCGAGGGAUCACAGCCCAGUGCAGCGUAUCCUACGAAGUUUCCGGAAAGUGCGUGCCAAGGAAGCGAGGAAGAGCGGCGGCGCUGGGACCUCGCUCUCGACCUGGUGCGCGCCCUCACCGAGGAGGUGCCAGAGCGACGUGGGACAGUGGCCACACUUAAGGAACAUCCCUUCUUCGAGGAGAUCGAAGACUGGCGCUUUGUGUACCCGCAGAGCUGGCUGGUACAACUUGCCAAGGCCAAUAUGAUGACUUCAGCUCAGGGCUUCGAAGCGUCGCAAAGGCUGCAGCAAGACCUGGAGCAGCUGCCCAUACAGGUGCUGGUGUCCCUGUUGGAUCAGCCAGAUGAUGCGGUUCGACUCCUGGAGCAAAGCUCGGAGUUUCUCGCCUCCAGCAGCCCAGCCUUGUCCACUUCGCCGGUGCUUCGAGCAGCCUCCGACCCGCUGUCCUUUGGCGCCAGGCUCGUACCCGUAGCAGGAGGUGGAUCUUCAGCCAGUUCCGUCCAUGAGUUCCAGCUCCAAGGAUUGGGUUCUGACGUUCCCUGA